GCUCCUUUUUCGACCUCCCGCCCUCUCACCAGAUUGACUGCCCUGACCCGCACUCUAUCCAUGUCCUCCAACUCUCUCAAACUUUACACUGCAUCAACACCCAAUGGGCGUAAAGUCUCUAUCUUCCUUGAAGAGUUGAAGGCUGCAUACGGUAUCGAAUACGAUGUCCAGAGAAUCGAUAUGAGCAAGGUUGAGCAAAAAGAACCCUGGUUCAUCAAGAUCAACCCGAACGGCCGAAUCCCUGCGAUCGUGGACCGCACACGGGGGGGACCUGAUGGCUUUCCUGUGUUUGAAAGUGCCGCUAUCCUGCUAUACCUUGCGCAACACAAGGACACGGAACACCGUUUCUGGUUUAAGCCGGACGAACAACCUGAAGAUUACAGUGAAAUGUUGCAGUGGAUUUUCUUCGCUCAUGGAGGGAUUGGGCCAAUGCAGGGCCAAGCCGGUCAUUUCAUACGCCUGUCUGAAGACAUACCGUACGGUAAAAAACGAUACACGGACGAGACGAAACGUCUGUAUGGUGUCCUUGAGAUUCGUCUGAAGGAUCGCGAUUACCUUGCCGGGCCUGGACGCGGUGUCUACAGCCUCGCUGACAUAAAUUCGUAUCCGUGGGUUGCGAUGCACAAUUAUGUCAAUAUCUCCUUAGACGAGUGGCCAGCGGUAAAAGCAUGGGUCGAGCGGAUGGCUGAAAAACCUGCUGUGAAGUCUGGGUGGCAGAUUCCUGCGUGAGAUCGUCCGACGACCUUCUGUGAAUCAAAUACCACUAUGAGUGUUAUAAUUCAAUGACAUGUUCCCUGGAU